AUGUCAUUUACCUAUGCUACUGCAAGACUCAGAGUCAAGAUAGAAAGAGAAACUCAUGCAUGCGAAUCGCGAUGUGCCUGUGGUCUAGAGCUUAUUGUUUUGGACAAAAGUUUUAAUGAGGAAAAGUGCUUUAAAUCAACUUCUACGGGUGCAGCUCAAUUAAGAGAAGCACUCCCUGUAGAGAAUACUUUUCCUGGAAUCCUUACUGGGUUUAGUGUGAUGGCUUCAAGAACUGCGACCAAAGACAUUAUCACUUUGCGUGGUUCCGCGGCUAUCGUCAGCGAGUUCUUCGGAUAUUCAGCGAACAGCAUUCUGUACAAUAGAGGAGUGUAUCCUGAAGAAAGCUUUGUAAAGGUGAAGAAAUAUGGGCUGCCCAUGUUGCUUACUCAAGAUGAAGGCCUCAAAUCCUUCAUCGCCAACCUAACUGCUCAGCUUUCUGAAUGGCUGGAAUCUGGCAAGUUACAGAGAGUUGUUCUGGUCAUACUGAGCAAGGCGACUAAUGAGGUUCUAGAGAGGUGGAACUUCAGCAUUGAGACUGACAAUGAGGUCGUUGAGAAGGGGGAGUCGAGGCAAAAGAGUGACAAGGAAAUCAUGAGGGAGAUUCAAGCAAUCAUGAGGCAGAUUGCUUCAAGCAUUACUUACUUGCCGUGCCUUGAUGAAGCCUGUGUGUUUGAUGUUUUGGCAUACACGGAUAAAGAUCUUGCAGUCCCAUUCACUUGGGUUGAAAGUGACCCCAAACUGAUUGCAAAUCCACAAAUUGUGAAAUUGCAUUCCUUUGACACCAAGAUACACAAGGUUGACACUCUAGUGUCCUACAAGAAUGACGAAUGGGAUGAGCAGUAG